AUGUGUCAUCAAAAGGUUAAGAUCAUGGUUUCUCCACCUCGCAUCACCCCAAUCCUUCCUGAGGAUACAAUCAUGAAUGAUCCUACCAACCUCGGCGAGUUCGGCGGCCCUGUUGUUGAUGCACAGACCGUAAUGACAUGCUGCAAAUGUGGCCAGACUACCUCUCGCGAAGCAAAGGCUCCAGGGAGUACCUCAUGCUAUACCUGUAGUCAUUAUGAAUGCAACGAUUGCGAUUAUUCUUAA